ACGGCUACUCAUUUGUGGUCAACAAAAUCCAAGGAAAAAUAUUAUCUAGAAGUUGAACAAAUCGAUGAAAACGCUUAGGGCAGUAAGUUCAAGUCUAGUUUAAUAUUUACUUCAUUCCAGCUAAAAACUGAAAAACAAGGAUAAAACCUCGCCAAUAUACCAGUCCUUCAUUACUAUGCCUGAAGGCCCAGAGCUUUACAAAACUGCUAGACUUGUCAAUACAGUCUGCGCAGGUAGAGUUUUUCAUGGGAAAAUCGUGAAAUCAGCCGUCAACCAAAAGAACCCAGAAAUCCACCAUAACUAUGACGACUACACUAUUCAAGCCGAGUCGUGCGGAAAAGAAAUGGCUCUUAUUCUUAAACCCUACUCUUCUGUGGAUUCUAAGGAAUUAAAGAAGAUGAAAAAGGAGACAAAUAGUUUGAGAAUUCUUUUUCGAUUCGGCAUGUCGGGAAAGUUUCAGUUUACGUCAAUGAAUGACAUUCACAAACACGCUCACUUGAGGUUCUUCACUAAAGAAAAGCCAAAAAUGGUUUUAAGCUUUGUUGAUGUUAGAAGAUUUGGUAGAUGGGAAACCAAAGAUUCCUGGUCAGAAAACCGAGGCCCUGAUCCAAUAUUGCACUAUGAAGCAUUUCGAGACAAUGUGUUGAAUAACCUGGAAAAUCCUGUCUUCAAUAAGCCUUUAUGUGAAGUAAUGCAUGACCAGAAGUAUUUCAACGGCAUAGGGAAUUAUCUUAGAGCUGAAAUUAUUUACAGGGCAGAUAUUCCUCCAUUUACAGCUGCUAGAAAAGUACUUGCAAACCUUAAGGUCAAAGAGGAAGCUAGUUGUGAUACGAAGAAUUUAAAAGAAGCGGAUAUCUUAAAGCUUUGUAACAUCGUUCCCAAUGAAGUUAUUCAGUUAUCUGGUGCAGGUUAUGAUCCAUCAGGAAAUCAUUCUGAUUAUUCUGCUUUCAUGAAUUGGUUACAGUGUUACAGUAAUCCUAACAUGAAAAAUCUUAUCGAUCAUGAUGGCAGAACUAUGUGGUUUAAGGGUGAAGCAGGACCUCUUGCCCCUAAAGGUGGAAAAACAAGAACUGCAAGAAGAUACGGAAAGCACAAGACCAAAAGUGAAAACGAAGAACAUCAAAAGAAAAAGGUCAAACCAGAGCUGGAAAAGAAACCUUCAGUCAAGAAAGAGAGAAAAUCUAUCACAAGAAAAGGUACAGAAAAAAGCGACAAUAAACCUACCGCUUCUGCUGUAAAUUUAAGGAAGAGAAAACUCAGCACCACUGAGGAUAAGGUCAAAGAAGGUUCUAAAAAAAGAGCCACCAGCAAAAACUCCGUCUUGGAAUCCUCUCGUAGCGAAAAAGUUCCACGAAGAGCAGUCAAAUCUGGCAAGGGAUCCACUGCAACAAGACGACUUUCGAAAAGGAAAAAGCCUAAUUCAAGUUGAAGAAGUGAAUUUUAGAUAGAAUGGGAAGUAUUGCCUUUCAGAUGGGAUUUCCAAUCAGUUCCGCCAUAAUAACUGUGUACAGAUCAAGAAUAACCAGUGGAUGCAUGUCUUUGAAUGAACGCUGUAAAUGUUUCACUAAAUAAUUCAACAUAUGUAAAUCAUUGUUUGACUUAAUGUCUGUGAAUCAAAUGUUUGAUGAGGGAUUCGUUGUUCUUUUGUAAAUAUUUUAUCGCAGUAAA